AUGUUGGUUGUCAUACCCAACCAGAAUCUCAUGAUUGAUCUUGUUGCAUCUUGCUACAAUACUCUAAUAAGACCUUUGAUCGAGUGUUUGAAGUUCUCACCACAGAUGAAAGCUCUAACAAUGUCAGAAGAUAUUCCUCUUGUUCAUCUCUCCAAAGCUUUCUCCAUUUCAAUCUACAACAAAUCUGAAUACGUCAUCAACUUUGAGGUUUCAGACUACAAAACUUCGAUCACAAAUCCCAAUUUUUGCAAACUUUUAGGGCUUGUUAUGCCUGAAGUUAGUGUUGAUCCUGAGUCAAUUCGUGCCACCUACUUGAUCGAGAUGUUCUUCCAAAUGGACUAUAGUGGUGAUAUCUCCUUGCUAUCAAAGUUCAUAAAAUCCUUCUUACCUCCGAUGUGGAAUUGGUUGUUUAUCGUAUUGUUCAACAUCUUAUCAGAAAUGGUUUUGGGUUCUGACAGUGCAAGAAAACUUUUCUACACUUUGAUCUAUGGUUUAUACCAUGGUAUCAACAUGGACUUUGGGUCUGUUAUUUGGUCACAAUUUAUUCAAAGCACCAGUUUAUCCACACAACACACGUAA